AUGCUGAAAGUGUGGCCUGGCCAGAAACUUGAGUACACAGACGAGUGCUUAGAAGGGCACGGCAUAUACAAGAAGAAAACAGAGGACGGCGAAAUAUUCGUGGCAAGUGUGCACGGGCAGGUAAAACAGGUGGAUAGGCUCAUAACCGUUGAGGCGGAAGCAUACUGGUACACUCCGUGCGUGGGCGAUGUGGUUGUAGGGAAGGUGCUGGAGAUCUCGAACAAGAGAUGGUACAUAGACGUAAACACCAGACAAGAGUGUAUUCUCAUGCUGAGUGCAAUCAAUCUGGCGGACAGCGUGCAGCGCAGGAAAGGAGAGCUGGACGAAAUAAAAAUGAGCGAAUACUACGGGGUGGGGGACAUAGUCAUAGCUGAGGUCCAGACAGUAGGAAACAAAGUGCAGCUGCACACCAGAAGCCCAAAGUACAGAAAGAUAUCGUUUGGAGUCCUUCUAAAGGCGGACCAGCACCAGAUGGAGGGCAUUCAGCAGAGCCAGCAGGAGGUCGUGAAUGGGAAAACAGUGUGCACGGUAGUGGGCAAAAACGGAUACAUAGUGAUACACAGCGACGACGCAACAGCCCACAAAGAGAUUAAGCAGGUGGCACGCAGCAUUCCGUGGAUCGCUAAAAACGCCCGCAUAUAA